GUACCUCACACUGCCGCGAUGGCGGCAGCGAGCCCAAACCGACACACACGCGCCGCUCCGCUAAAGAUGUGAAAAUGGCGGAGCUACAAAUGCUUCUGGAAGAGGAGAUUCCAGCAGGACGAAGCGCACUACUGGAUAGUUUCACCAAUUUGGAAAGGGUCGCGGAGUACUGCGAGAGCAACUAUGUCCAGUCCCCAGACAAACAGAGGGCACUGGAGGAGACCAAGAACUACACCACCCAGUCUCUGGCCAGUGUAGCCUACCUGAUCAACACUCUGGCCAACAAUGUCCUGCAGAUGCUUGACAUCCAGGCAUCGCAGUUGCGCCGUAUGGAGUCCUCCAUCAACCACAUCUCACAGACGGUGGACAUCCACAAAGAAAAGGUAGCCCGGCGGGAAAUUGGCAUCCUCACCACCAACAAGAACACAUCCCGCACACACAAGAUUAUUGCCCCAGCCAAUCCCGAGAGGCCUGUGCGCUACAUUCGCAAGCCCAUCGACUACAGCAUGCUAGACGACAUGGGCCAUGGAGUCAAGGUGGUCAUUUUGUUCCCCUCUCGCAGGCGCCACUCCCCCUAUAGGACUCUUGAGCCGGUGCGUCCACCCGUUGUCCCUAAUGACUACGUCUCGAGCCCGACGCACAACAUGGCGCAUCCCCAGCAGAGCCCUGCACGCACUGCAUCCGUUAAUCAGAGGAACCGCACGUACAGCAGUGGGAGCAGCGGAGGCAGCCACCCUAGCAGUAGUCGCAGCAGCAGCCGAGAGAACAGCGGCAGCGGCAGCGUGGGCGUGCCCAUCGCUGUGCCGACCCCGGCCCCGCCCACCGCCUUCCCAGGUGCUCCUCAGUUCUACAGCAUGAACCGCCCGGUGCAGCCGCCCCAAAACCAGCAGGUUGGAGGCUCGCUGCCGUACAGACGACCCUCCUCCGUCACUGGUCAGCCCAGUGUGGCCCACAACCAAAGCCAGCUCAACGGUGGGCCACACUUCGCCCAGAACCAAGCCGGCCCACUCGCGCCCCCUCCCCCCUCCAUGCAGAUCACCCCUCAGCUGCCUCUGAUGGGCUUUGUGGCCCGAGUUCAGGAGACUAUCUCAGACGUCCCGCCUCCACCUCCACCUGCCGAGGAGCCAGUGUUUGAGGAAUCUACACCACCUCCUCCACCGCCGGAGGACUACGUGGACGAUGAGGAUGAAGAAGAGUCUGCGGUGGUGGAGUACAGUGACCCCUACGCUGAGGAGGACCCGCCCUGGGCUCCACGCACCUACCUGGAGAAAGUGGUGGCCAUCUAUGACUACGCUCGAGACAAGGAAGACGAGCUAUCGUUCCAGGAGGGCGCCAUCAUCUACGUCAUUAAAAAGAACGACGACGGCUGGUACGAGGGCGUGAUGAACGGGACCACGGGCCUCUUCCCCGGCAACUAUGUUGAGUCCAUCAUGCACUACGCCGACUGAACAAAUCUCCCCCUCUGAGUGGAUAUGGAAGAGGAGCAGGACAAGCGUUUGAUUGGGAAGGAACGGGGAUGGAGGGGAGCCAAGGGUUUAAGGUCAAAGACUUUGAUCAGACAGAGCAUGAUCACCUCCGGGCGAAGAGGGAAAUAAGAGACUGGGGGAAGAGGGAGCAGUUUUUGAAGAAGUUGCAACACGACAAACUGAUGCCCAUUCUCUUGAUGUAGGCGCCAUUGUAAAACAACCACUACUCUAGAUAUAUCCUUCCCUGUAAUUUCUUUCUUUAUUUGACUGAGGAGGACUGGACAGUGAUGGAUUUAUUGUAUUUUGAGAGUUUAUAUUAGGAGGUCACUACUUUAUUGUGGAGGAGAAUGCCUUCAAUUUGUAGAUUUUCUCCAUAACACUCCAGAGACAUUUUAGUGAGAAGUCCUCUCGCUCUCUCUUGCUCUCUCUCUCUCUAAUAUCCUCGGUGGGGGGAAAAAACGGUACUUUCCAUACUUGAUAUUUGGUGAGGUACCUCAGCAGGGAGUGUGCCAAAACUGACAUUCGCUUAGAUAAGCACAUCAGAUGUCUGAAGGUGACACACAUGAAGCUAGAUAAAAGUAGGUAAGAGAAGACGUCUGAAAGCGAGCAGAGUGUUUAAACCCAGAGUUUUGCUGCUUUUUUUCCCUCAAAAUUUAAAUAAAAUAUCUUGCACCACGAGA